AUGAGAAUUAUUGAUCGAUCUCGUUUUGAACCUUCAAUGGAUAUUUAUUUGAUUGAAAUAGUGAAUACCACUCGAUCAUUGAAUAUGUGUAUUGCCAUUUGUGAUCGUCACAUCGUUUGUCAAACAGCAGAUUACAGUUCAACAACAAAACAAUAUCGUUUAUUUGAAUCAUUAGCUUCAACAGGAACUUUUAUUUUCGAUCCAACAACAACUAUUCGUGAUCUCAAUUAUUGUCAGAACGAUGUUCAAAUUGAACCAGAAUAUAUUCAUACUCGAUCGGGAAGAUACGCAAUAUUAUCUAUGUUUGAACUGUUCAAAUGA